AUGAAUAUGUCACAACUUCCACGGGAUUUGGUAGAGGAGGAGAUACUCUGUCGCGUUCCGGCCACAUCUCUAAGACGGUUACGAAGUACUUGCAAACGUUGGAACCGUUUAUUCAACGACAGUAGAUUUGCAAGAAAUCACUUUGAGAAAGCCAAAAAGCAGAGUUUUGUUCUCAUGUUGACCAAGGAGUUUAGGAUUUUUUCGUUGAAUGUCCAUCUCCGUGGAAUACCAUCUGCCGAGUUUGAAGGUGAGCUUAGCCUGUUCGAUAGGUGUUCUUCUAAUUCAGCUAUACUCGAUAUAUCUCAAGUCUUUCAUUGUGAUGGCUUGUUGCUAUGUACCAUCAAAGAAGAGACUAGAAUCGUGGUUUGGAACCCCUGGACUGGCCAAACCAAGUGGAUCCAACCAAGAAAUCCAUACAGGCAAAGCGACACCUAUAGUCUUGGACCCUAUCUAGACAGUAACUGCGGCAAUAUUAGCUACAAAAUUCUGAGACACGAGCGUUAUGACGGUGGUGAGAUAAACAAUCAAACAUUUGAAAUCUUUGAGAUUAAGUCUACCUUAUGGAGGACUCUUGAUGUCAAUAUUGACUGUCAGUUAUUAGACACUGAGUGCCGCGUGUCUUUGAGAGGAAAGACUUACUGGUUUGCUGGGGAUCUUAUCAACCAGUUUGACAAGGGUAUAUUCUUAGUCAGUUUUGACUACCAAACCGAGAGAUUUCGACGUCUUUGUCUUCCCUAUCAGUGUCGCAAUCCAUAUAAUUAUGUAUCUCUUUCUCUUGUUGGAGAGCAGAAGCUUUCUGUGUUACGACGACGUAGACAAACAUCACAGACAGAGGUAUGGGUAAGAAAUGAUGAGACCGAAGUGGCGUCCUGGAGCAAACUAUUAGUAGUGGAUUCCCCUCAGGUUGAAUUUUGCCAUCUAACAAGUUUAUUGGUGGAAGAGGAGAAGAAAGUCCUCGUGUGCUGUGAGAGAUGGAUGGACAUCCAAGACACGACCAAGUCCAACGACUUUGUAUACCUUGUUGGGGAGGAUAAUAAAAUCACAAACGUGGAUUUCGGAGCAUCUAAACUAUUGUUGUCUUGUUUUCCACUUUUGUUUAGUUAUGUUCCAAGUUUGGUUCAAAUCCAGUGA